UCUUUAACAUCAGUCUUCAGAUAAUAAGGCGAAAGCUAUUCAAAUUCUCAACGUUGUUGUUGGUCAACCCUAGUGAGUGAGGUUACCUGAUCUGACAGGUGUGUGGCCGCCGCCGCCGCCACCGCCCUCUGACGACUGACAGAACACAUGUUGAUUGUCUUCAGUUCAGACUCUGCCGUUCCCGUUGAACAAUGAUGGCUACAAAGAACUGAACCUGACAUUAUAAAACGAGCAACAAGUGCUUUGCGCCACCAAAGUACACCGGUUUCGUGUUACCAGAUUUCUUCGAGUAGGCUUUGCCAUCAUGAGGGACCGUUUAGCUGAGCUAAAUUUGAACAACAAUUUGCCAAAUGAUGUCAUUAUCACAGAGGAGAACACAACAUAUAUGGAUGAGUUUUUCAAAAGGGUGAGAGAGGUCCAGGUGCUUAUUGAUAAAAUCUCCUGUCUGGUUGAAGAAUUGAAGAGAGUGCAUAACACUAUCCUGUCUGCUGCCAACCCAGAUCAAAGAGUUAAACAGGAGUUGGAAGAGUUUAAUAAUGACAUCAGGAGACAUGCCAGCUCGGUUCAGAUUCAGCUUAAAAACAUUCAGACGUGCAUGCCCGAGGAUGAAAAUGCCAAUACUGCCUCAGUGUGUCACCGCAUUCAGAAGACCCAGCACUCGAUGCUAUCACGCAGGUUUGUCGAGGUCAUGACUGAAUACAACGAAGCCCAGGUGUCUUUCAGGGAUAAGAGCAAAGGCCGCAUCCGGAGACAGCUGGAGAUCACUGGACGGUUGACCACAGAUGAAGACCUGGAGGCUAUAUUGCAGAGUGGAAACCCUGCCGUUUUCACAUCUGAUCUCCUCCUAGACGAACAGCUCACGCGAAAUGCUGUGAAUGAGAUUGAGUCACGGCAUCAGGACAUCCUUAAGCUAGAAGCUAGCAUCAAAGAACUGCAUGAGAUGUUUAUAGAUAUUGCUGUACUUGUGGAGAACCAGGGGGAGAUGAUCAACAACAUAGAGACGAAUGUGAGCAGUGCAGCAGAAUAUGUGAAUGCUGGGAAGAUUGAGACCAAGAAAGCGGUGCGGUACCAGAAACAGGCUCGCAGGAAAUAUAUCAUAAUUGGCAUAGUUGUGCUGAUCCUGCUUGGUCUUAUCGCGCUUAUCGUUGGUCUUUCUGUUGGACUGCCUAAACCCUAAUUUCAACUUGUUGACUUUCCAUGUACUUCUGAAGACAUCACCAAAGUCCAUCAGAGAAGACAUUGGAAGCCUUCAGGUGUCAAGCCCUUAACUUAUAGUAGUAUUUAGUUUACAGAUUUUACCUUCCUUUCAUGUAGGCGCAUUAGUGAGAUUUCAAAAUAGCAAGAUGGAC